AUGUCAUCUAAAGCUUUUUCUAUACUGCAGGGUAAACACGAAGUUCCUUUUGAUGAGCUGCCAAAAUCAUUUGUGCAAGGAAAAGAAAAUGACGCAGGGGAUUCCCCCCAUUUCCCCCACGCCUCCCGCUGCAACCCGUAUGGUGCCCGGCCUCAGUCCAGGAGAGGAUUCAGACAAGGAGACAGCCGGGCUGCCAUGGACAAGGAGGGGCAAAAUACAGGGGCUCUGCAGAGACUUGGUCUUCCAGUGAGGAAUAGGGGAGAUGGUGGACAUCAGGGAGGAUACAGAGGAGGAGGAGGAGGGGCCACAAGUGACUCAGGCUGGUUUAAAGUACAGAUUCCUCAUGGGAAGAAGUAUGGGAAGGACGCAGUUCUGAAGGCCAUAAACUCCAUGUGUGAUGUGCCUUUUAUGCCUUAUCAUUAUCACCAUAAGGGUGGUAAUAUGGCAGAGUUCUUUGUCCAAGAUAACAAGGCUGCAGAUGCAAUAAGGAGGGCAUCAAGACGGUACACAUUUCCUAAUGGUUUUAAAAUGGUCAUUCUUGUGCGGCCUUGUGGUGCGCCCAGCCUUCCAAUGGAUGAUAAUACAAUUGAGAAGUUGAAGAUAAGUAUGAGUAAUCACUAUGAUCCAGCUACCAGGUCUUUGGACCUCAGCAACUUCUAUGCUGAUGAAGCAUUGAAUAAAGAAGGCAUCCACCUGGCUUUAAACAAAGUCAAUGUAAUGGUCAAUGUAUUAAAGAUCAUUGGUGAAAAUAUUCCUGAGGUUGUUUCAGUCAGUUUCUCCAACAACAGACUGUACACUUGUGAUAAUUUAGUGGAACUGUCAGAAAAAGGACCCAACAUAAAGAAACUAGAUCUUAGUCAUAAUCAGUUGAAAGGAGAACAAGAGCUGGACAAAAUCAAGAAAUUGAAGUUGGAAGAGCUUGUUUUGGAAGGCAAUCCUUUUGUUAUGCAUCAGAAAGACCAAUCUGCUUAUGUCAGCGCUGUUCGUAAGAGGUUCCCAAAGGUGUUAAAGUUGGACGGCAAAGACUUACCACCUCCCAUAGGUUUUGACCUGGAGUCCCCCACUGACCUUCCCACCAAGCAAGGCAGUUAUUUCAUGAAUGAGGAAGUGAAAAAUUUGGUCGUGAGGUUCUUAGAACAAUAUUUUAGCAUUUAUGACAGUGAUGACAGACAAGGACUGCUGGAGGCAUACCACAAUGAAGCAACCUUUUCAGUGAAUAUUGCACAAAACUUGACACUGGUAACAAAUUAUCCUAAAUAUCACGACUACCUCUCAGAGAGCAGAAAUCUUGUGAAGGUCAAAGAUCCAGUCAAAAGAAACAAGUGCCUGAAACAAGGAAAACUGAAUGUGGUGGCAGCACUGUGCAACCUCCCCAAGACAUCCCAUGAUGCAAACUCUUUUGUUCUAGAUGUUACAAAUGCUACGCAACAUCUUUUGAGCUUCAUUGUCUCUGGGAUAUUCAAAGAGAGUGACACCAAGUCAGACAAGCCUCCUGUCAGAUACUUUUCCAGACAUUUUGUUACUGUUCCACAAGGCUCUGGCAUUGUGAUCAUCAAUGAGAUGUUGACAAUUACAAAUGCAACCCCAAAACAAGUGCAGUCUUCAUUCAAGCAAGUGACUCCUACCCCCAGUCCUAGUCCAGUCCCAGGGAGCUCACCAGUGGUCAGCAGUCCACUGGCCCCUGAUGUCCAGAGGGCAAUGGUCAAAUCUUUCUCCCAGCAGUCUGGAAUGAAUGAGGAGUGGUCACAGAAGUGCCUUGAUCAGAAUGACUGGGAUUUUCAGAAGUCUGCCAAGGUUUUCACAGAGUUACAACAAAAAGGAGCCAUCCCUGCAGAGGCCUACUUAAAACCACAGUGACAACAUUUUUAGGCCUUUCAACAAGGAGUAUUUUAACCUAGUACCUACACUUUUGCUGGUUCUACCUUGUAAGGAAGCUAGGUGAAGUAGCUGAUUGGUUUUGUUAUAUGUGGGGAUUCUGCUUAGGUGACUCUAUUAAGACAUACCAGUACUGUACAGCUGUAUUAUUGAAGGCUAGAUUACAAAAUUUCUGUACAGACUGGAUUGUUCAGCAUCAGUGAGAACUAAAGGGCACAAGACAUAUCCAUUAGACUUGGUUUUUAUUAAUGUCUUCUGCAAUAAGGAUAUUUUCUUAUCUUUUCUCUUUCCUUUUUAUGUACAGACACAAUGUGUGUGGUCAUAAAGCUAUCAGCUGUAUCUGUCUUGACCAUCAUUGUUGCUGAAAGUGUUGCCAUGAAUUUUUUGGUUGUGAAUACAAUAACGGGAAAACUAUUACUUGUUAUUCUUAGAAUUAGAGGAAAGAUGAAUGGGACUAAAAUUCAUCUUGAGUUUGAAAACUGGCCUGAACACUUCAUUUAAAGUUUAUGAUUUUCUUUUCUUUCUAUGGGUCUGCAGCCUUGUGCUUGUUAUAUUUUUUAACAUCCACAGAAACAAAAGCACACGAUUCAAAAUUGGUGGUGAUUAUGCUGCUUGACAUAAAUAACAUUGCAUCAGAAUUUACAAAAAGUAUAUCUUGUGCAUUGUCUUCUUAAAUACAAAGGGAAGACUUGCAUGAAUGAAUCAUAGGACUGAAGUGCAGAUCAAGUUUGAAAACAGCCAGAUUAGUUUUUUUUUUUUUUUUUUUUUUGUCACUUUUCCAUGUUUACAGUGUCAAACAAUGUCUGUCAGUAUGUUAGCUUAAGUUGAUUUGUUUUUAACUUUCAUGUAGAAUGGUAGAUUUUUUGGGGACAGUAAAAUGUCCUUUUUUUUUUAAAGAAGUUUGCAACAAUUAAAAUGCAAUGUGGAACAUAUUUUAAUGCAAAGUAUUUUGUUUUUAAGUAGAAAAAAUGACAUAAUCCUUAAUCUUGUCGUUAAAAAUUGAUUUCAAAUUAUAAACAGUAGAGAAAAACCUUAACAAUUACUCUGCUCCUGUGUAUAUAGUUUUGCACAAAAUCUAUUUAUGUGAAUACAGUGUGGCACUGUGUAGCACUAACAAACUAGAACACAUUUUCAAUAGUCGAACAGUUUUGAUGAAGUAUCAGAUAGAACUUUUUUAUAAAGCAAAAAAAAUAUAUAUACACAGAUUUGUAUUGAGUAUUUUAUGGUUUAUGUUCACUGCUUCAUUUAAGGUUGCCCUAAUGAAACUUAUUAAAGAUUCUUUUUUUUUCUUUUUGUACAGAAAAUAACUAUGUUUGUAAUUCAUUCAUAUGUUGUAUAUUUUAUGGGAGGUUUUGUUGUACAUAACUCAUUGUUACAAAUGUGUUUGGUGGUACUAGUUCCUUGAUUCAUUAAUUCUGUUAAAAAAAAGUGCCAAUGUAAACAUAUUUAUUUAAUAAACAAAAAUGGAUCCGAUGUACAUUUUCUUGAUACUCUGUUGGCAAAUGUUGUUGAACCAUUUACAAAGAAAGGAGUAAAAUAGUAUGUUAGAAGCAUGCAUGAAAUUUUCCAGUAGUAUUUUGAAGCUCUUUAUGGAAGAUGGAAAUUAGCCUCUAGCUUUAUUCACCCUUGGACAUAAAAAUGUCCAAGAUUCACCUUAAGAUUCAGUAGCUUCAUUGUUCAUCAGUCCACAAGUUCUGUUAAGGCCUCAUUUCAAGAAUGUCACAAAAUUCUAAAUUCUCCUACUUAUUUGAUGGCCUUGUUGAAACUUCAUACUGAUGAUUGGAGAAAAAGACAUUCAGUGAACCUCCAUGUAAUAUUAAUGAUGAACUAAAGAACUUCUUGAUCAGCAUUUUGACAUUUGAAACUUCUCAAGACUGAGAUGAUGAACCUAAGCUAAGUAACUUCUGUUCACUAGGUCAACAUUGUUUUAUUUAGUAUUUUUCAGUACAGAUUUAGUGAUGUUUAACUAAUUAUGGUUAAAAAGGAAGUUUAAAAAAUUUCCCGAUUUUUGUAAAUUUUGAAUUUUCAGUUUUGUCAAGGUUAAGAGAAAAAGUGUUAUUGAAACCUCAACAAGAAAACUAAUAAAAAUUUUGUUAAUAUGCAUA